CUUCCUGGAGAGGGAACGUUCGCCGGUGCUGUCUUUCUUGCGGGGAACUGUGUGUUUGUUUUUCUCUCCCCCUCGUCCCGCGCGAGCCGUGGACACUUCCCAAAAUGGCGGCGGUUUCUGUCCGUGUGGAAUGAAACUUUCUUAUUUUUCAGCCAAUUUUGCUCGAUUUUCGCAGAUUUAGCGACGGCCGCAGCCCUCCGCUCCUCCCAGAAGCACCACCUCGACACCGAAGCGUUCGUCUGCCGCCACGGGGACCGACGGCGGCCGUUGUCUGGGCCGGUUUAUGUCGCCAUUCCGCCGGGCUCGUCCUCCUAAGUUGACGCGGAAAGCCUGACAUCGCUCCCGCCUGCUGUCGCGGGCCCGGAAUCGUGUGCUCGGUCCGGCCCGGCUCGGCUCGGCUCGGCCCGGCUCGGCCGUCGGCCCCAGCAGCGUGCCGACCUCGGCGGGUGUGGCCGCGGCCGCGGAGCAGGUCCCGGGGAGGUGUCACGGCAGCGGGCGGCCGUGGUGGAUGUCACCGGCGAGCAGCGCCAGCCUCGCGUCGGGUUGCUAGCGUCCGCCAUCCUGGCCAAUCAGAUGGAGAAGCUCCAGGACCUGAGCCAAUCAGAGCUGCAGGAGCUCCUGGACAACCCGGAGAGGGUGGAGUCGAUGGCUCUGGAGUCCGACGAGAUCCAGAACAUCCAGCUGGAGCGGGAGAUGGCGCUGGCCUCCAACCGCAGCCUGGCGGAGCAGAACCUGGACAUGCGGCCCCGGCUGGAGGCGCAGAAGCAGGCGCUGGUGGAGCGCUACUGCCACCUGGAGGCCGUCCGGGAGGACUACCGGCAGCACUGCUCCCUCAGAGACGGGAUGGCUGGCCAGGUGUCUCCGGAGGCGUUAUUCUCUCGGCUGCAGACAGAGGGCGGCAAGACGGAGGCGGAGUCGGAGGCUCUGGCGGAUGAGUUUCUGGAAGGCUCUCUGGGUCUGGACUCCUUCCUGGAGCGCUUCCUGUCGCUGCGCUGUCUGGCUCACCGCCGCCGCGUCCGCAUCGAGAAGCUGCAGGAGAUCCUGCGGCAGAGGAGCGAGGGGAGCCCCGCCCCCCCCGCCGCCGCCGCCGAGGACCCGGCCGCCGCCGUCCAGCAGCAGCAGCAGCCCGCCUCCAACCCCCCCGCCUCCUCCCAGCCCGCCGCCUCCUCUGGGCUCCCGUACGGCCCGUACCCCGUCGCCCCGCCCAACCCCCCUCCCCCCGCGGCGGGGGCCGCCAACCCCCCCUACCCAAGCCCCGGCUAUCCCGGGUCCCGGCCGGCCUUCGGGCCCCCGGCGGCGCCCGCCUGUCCGUACCCGGCCCGGCCCUCCUUCCCCGGCCCGCACCCGGGCUCGGCGUUCGGCCAGUACGCCCCAUCAGGCCCCGCCCCCUACCCCGCCUCCUACAGCUACGGGGGCUACAGCUACCCGGCCGGGCCCCCCUACAGCAAUCAGUCCCCCACGGGGAGGCCCCUGUACAGACCGGGCUACGGGGUCCCGCAGCCGUACUCCUGAGAGCCCUGCGGCCGAACCCCUCUUUACCCCCCCUUUACCCCCCGACCCCCCCCACUCCAGAGGUCUCUGGCUUUACUUAUCUUUGUUGCACUACUCUUCUCUCCUCUUGAUGUCUGCCUCCACCCCCGCCCCGACCGCCAGCCCCGCCCCCGCCCCGACCGUCAGCCCCGCCCCCAAUCCGCCCGCCAGCCCCGCCCCCAAUCCGCCCCUGCCCCACUAGUCUCAGGUUGUUGUGUUGAAGUGUCCAGACGCUCCUGCGCCCCCCCCGACCCCCCGGACCCUCGAUCCUCGAUCUUCGACCCUCAUCUGAAGUGUGUGUGUGUGUUUGUUGCUGCUGGACGAUCAGAAAGACGAAAUGGGCAAUGUUCCCACACACACACACACACACACACACACACACACACACACACACACACACACACACACACGUGCACGAUGGCAGCAGGCCUGUGUUUGUGGCGGUUCUUCUGGCGGUUUGAAUGGGUUUGCUAACGCUAAGCUAAUGCCAAGCUAAUGCUAACGCUAGCUCCUCUGAUCAGUCUGUCUUUGACCAGAGAGAGUUUGAGCUUUGUUUUCUGUUCAUUUCAAAAAGGCCACCUCGCUCUGUGUGUGUGUGUGUGUGUGUGUGUGUGUGUGUGUGUGUGUGUGUGUGUGUGUGUGUGUGUGUGUGUGUGUGUGUGUGUGUGUGUGUGUGUGUGUGUGUCAGGGGGUGUAAUAUCUCUUGUGUGCAGCAGGUGCUGAUGUUGAGUCACUGUUACGGCUUCAUGCUUCAUUUGGAGUUGUUUUUUUCUUGUAGGGCCGUGGAGCUGGUGUAGAGGUGAACUGGAGGAUGAGCUAACGAGCUAAUGUAGCAGCCACCCCCCCCCCACCCAAACCCAGACACCCAACCCCUCCCCCACCCAAACCCCCCCCCACCCCCCCCCCCCAAUUCCUGGAUUGAGAAUCAUAUUUUCCAGAAGUUUAAUUUGAAUAAAAGUGAUUUGUAGCUUCCAGCAUUUCCACAAACUGGCAGCAUAUCAGUAUCAGCAGGAUUGGUGUGUGUGUGUGUGUGUGUGUGUGUGUGUGUGUGUGUGUGUGUGUGUGUGUGUGUGUGUGUGUGUGUGUGUGUGUGUGUGUGUGUGUGUGUGUUGGAUACAGGAGGUGCGGUGAGGGCUUCGACUGUUUUCCUGUAAAACAGAAUAGAAAAGUUGGAACCAUUUUAAAGCAGCUUGUUGCUCGUUCAGUGUGAACAUGGGCAUUCUUUAUCACUAACACACACACACACACACCAGAGCCUCACCCCUUCCACCCGCGUCCCCCCUCCCCCCCCCUUUUGUUAGACAUGAACUGAUGCUUGACAAUGAAUCCC